AUGGCCUCGCUGGACCUGCCUUACCGCUGUCCGCGUUGCGGGGAACACAAGCGAUUCCGGAGCCUGUCCUCCUUGCGGGCUCACCUGGAGUACAACCACACCUACGAGACCCUCUAUGUCCUCUCCAAAACCAACAGCAUCUGCGAUGCCACCGUUUUCCCCCUGGCGUCCGACACCACCCUCCUGACGCCCACCGCCCGCCGGGACAUCUUUGAGAGCACCUCCUUCCAGGGCAAGGAGCAGCGCUUCACCUGCGACCUCAUCGCCACUGCCACCACCGAGGAGCUGGACCCGUCGUCCUCGCCCAUCGCGUCUCGCUACGUCCACGAGAUCGAGAUCCCCCUGACCGAGAUCUUCACCCGCAAGGCUAUGACCUCGGCCACCACGCCUCCCGCCGCUGCGGCCGCCGCAGUGGCUGCCGUCGACGCGGCCUACGAGGAAGGACUGACCCGCCUCAAGAUCCGGGCCUUUGAGAAGCUGGAGGUGGACAAGCGGCUGGAGAAGCUGACCGAGGAAGUGGAGCAGAAGAUCGCCUCCCAAGUCGGCCGGCUCCAGGUGGAGCUGGACCGCAAGAGCUCAGAGCUGGAGAAGGCCAAGCAGGAGAGCAUCCGGCUCAGCCGGGAGAAGCAGGAGCUGGAGGAGAGGGCCGUGGAGCUGUCCCGCCAGGUGGACGUCAGCGUGGAGAUGCUGGCGUCCCUCAAGCAAGACCUGGUGCAGAAGGAGCAGGAGCUGAGCCGCAAACAACAGGAAGUUAUCCAGAUCGACCAGUUCCUGAAGGAGACGGCGGCCCGCGAGGCCAACGCUAAAGUCCGCCUCCAGCAGUUCAUCGAGGAGCUCCUGGAUCGGGCCGACCGAGCCGAGAAGCAGCUGCAGAUCAUCAGUAGCAGCUGCGGGACGACCCCCAACUGUAGCCUAGGGAGGUGCAGCGUGUCUGGAUCCAAAAGCACAGGAAGACCGAGAGACAGGCACUCGGUUCCCGGAGCAACAGCACACAGUUCAUAUGCGGUUUCCAACCAAAGAUCAUCUUCCAGCACCGGAGCCUCUAGCCGUGCCAAAGCCGUCUCCCAGAGCUCUGGCUGCUACGACAGCGACAGCCCCGAGCUGUACCAGGGGGACGAGAACGCCGACGGGCAGUCCUACCAGGGCGGACAGAACCGAGGUUCGGACAGUGCUUUUGACAGGCCUGGUGGAGUGAGGGCUUCGGGUCUCCGCAGGCAGGCCAUCCAGAACUGGCACCGCCGUCCUUACCGCAACAGCACCGAGGGCGAGGAAGGAGACAUCUCUGACGUGGGCUCCAGGACCACCGAGUCGGAGGCUGAGAUGUGGGAGACCGAGCCCCCGGCAGAGGCUCAGCAAGAGAAUUUCUCCAGGUCCAGAAACAGCUCGAGGCUGCAAGCCAGGUCUGAAGGAGGGAAGGCAGUCCGGCCGGAGAGAGGCAGCCCAGCUCGCUCAAACGAGGUCAUCAGCCCCGAGAUCCUCAAGAUGCGAGCCGCUCUCUUCUGCAUUUUCACGUACCUCGACACCAAGACGCUGCUGAGGGCAGCUGAGGUCUGCAAGGACUGGAAGUUUGUGGCACGGCACCCUGCCGUGUGGACCCGGGUGCUGCUGGAGAACGCCAGGGUGUCGUCUAAGUUCCUGGUCAUGCUGUCACAGUGGUGCACCCAAACACACUCCCUCACCCUCCAGAAUCUCAAGCCCCGGCAGAGGGGGAAGAAGGAGACCAAGGAGGACUACAUGAAAAGCACACGGGGCUGCCUCGAAGCUGGCCUGGAGUCGCUGUUGAAGGCCACCGGAAGCAACCUCUUGAUUCUCCGGAUUUCGCACUGCCCCAACAUCUUGACAGAUCGCUCCCUCUGGCUGGCCAGCUGCUACUGUCGAGCACUCCAAGCCGUCACCUACCGGAGUUCCACGGACCCCGUUGGCCAUGAGGUUAUCUGGGCGCUGGGAGCAGGCUGCAGAGACAUCAUCUCCCUACAGGUGGCGCCGCUGCACCCUUGCCAGCAACCAACCCGCUUCAGUAACCGCUGCCUGCAGAUGAUUGGGCGGUGUUGGCCACAUUUGAGGGCGCUGGGCGUCGGCGGAGCAGGUUGCGGAGUGCAAGGAUUGGCUUCCUUAGCCCGGAACUGCAUGCGCCUGCAAGUGUUGGAGCUGGACCACGUGACGGAGGUGAACCAGGAAGUGGCGGCCGAGGUGUGUCGGGAAGGCCUGAAGGGGCUGGAGAUGCUGGUCUUGACAUCCACCCCGGUCACACCCAAAGCCUUGCUGCAUUUCAACAGUGUUUGCCGGAACCUGAAGUCCAUCGUGGUCCAGGUUGGGAUCUCGGACUACUUUAAGGAACCAAACAGUUCUGAGGCCAGGAAGAUGUUUGAGGAAAUGGUGACCAAACUCCAGGCCCUGAAGAAGAGGCCGGGCUUUUCAAAGAUUUUGCACAUUAAGGUGGAAGCUGGCUGUUAA